AUGCCCCUUUUUCAUGACCCGGACCGCCGGUAUCACUUUGCAUGGUCUGAUGACCGCAGCCAGCGUGAUCCCGGACAGCUUGCCCAAAGGUCCUCCGAACAUCCUUUAGACAAAGAGAAUAAUCUUGAAAGUGAAGGGCCAUUCAUCAUGGAAAACUUGCAGUCAUCUUCUGCAGAACACUCUCCGGCAAGAAUGUGGAGCAGUGAUGAGCGGCAGGAACUUAUACAACGAAUCAAAGAAUCCUCGCCUUGGAGGCUUCAAUAUAAGAACGAUGAUCACAGCGAUGACUUGUUCUAUAUGUCUCACAACUCCCCGGUGGAGCAAAAGGCAGAACAAACCAUCGAUGCGAAAUUAGCGGACGCCCAUAGCUAUGCAAAUUCGACAAAGACAGAGGAACUAGGAUCGCCGGCCGAUAUCCAGAGACCUCGAUCUGCAUUACACUCCGGAGAUUUCCGUGAACGGGCAGCAAAUGGUCCCCCACAGUCCCCUCGGCCCCGAUUCACACAGCCUAGCCAGUUAUCUAUAUCUCCUCAUCUAGGGACAUCCCCUACUACACCAUGGUUUGGGGCAUCCGUCUUCCCAAGUACUUCUGGGUCCAAACCCUUUGGCGAACAGCGGCAGCCCGAACUUGGCAUACAAACCCGUUCCAGGGCACCGUCACUCGGCUCUUUCUCGUCAAGCUACGUUCUGAAGGUCCCUACAAGUCCUCUCGUAUAUCAAGCCAAUAACACCGACCUUGACUUUUCACCGGUUGAUCCGAAAGAAUCUGGGCUCACGGAGAGAACCAACAGACGACGUACACUACCACCAGAGUCUUUUCGGCAUCUCCAGUCAUCUCCUCCUAGCAUCCGAGCUGUUGAUAUUCGUACACCCUAUUCUCGCGGUGGUCAUGAUAGUGAUUUCCAGUCAAAUUAUGUCCCUCGACGGACAUUGACAUCAGCGUAUAGCCUUCAAUUGGCAUCGACGGGCAAUACCGCUGCAUAUCGAGCAAGAAGACCGUCACUUGCUUCCGAGCUCUGUCCUUCAGCUCAUGCACCGAUGGUUGGAUCCUACGAGGAAUCAAUCCUACGCGGACGAAUGUCGAUGAACCCUUCCAAACCUUUGGACUUUACUGCACAAAUCGGUGUUUUAGGGAAAGGCAAAUGCAAAGGACAUCUGAAAUGCCCACCACAUGUCACUGUUCCCUUCCCAGCGGUCUUCUAUAGCUACCCCACGUCAGGAAGUGGCCGCUCCAUCUCAGAUGAUAGUCCUAGUCCUUAUGUGGGACAAAUCGAUCUGGAGAAUUCACUAUCCAGGGACGAUUCAAGCACGACCCGACGUCGUCGACGGCAUUUUAGCCCGGUAGCUUCAAAUGAUGGACCUAGUCAUGACAAAGGGACCCCUCGGGCUCCCAGUACGGACACAAGACGUCGCCGGGAAAAGAAGAGUCGCAGAGCGGAAUCACCCAAAUGUCCCCCGGGUGGAUGCUACCGGAUUCCGCAACAGGGACAACUACAAAUCAUCAUCAAGAAUCCCCACAAGACCGCAGUCAAGCUAUUCCUUGUGCCAUACGACCUUGAAGAUAUGGAACCAGGGACUAAGACGUUCAUCCGGCAACGAAGCUAUUCGGCUGGUCCGAUCAUCGACAUGCCACUGAGCGCCCGGAAAAAUUACGGCACUGAUCGUCCUGAAGCCUCGCUGAACGCCACAGAAAAUCCCCACGAUAAACCAACUUUGCGAUACCUCAUCCACCUCAAUAUUUGCUGUCCCUCCCGUGGUCGCUUCUACCUCCACUCGAGCAUUCGCGUGGUCUUCGCAAACCGAGUUCCAGACGGAAAAGAGAAGCUCCGUAAUGAGAAUCAACUACCAGAGCCUCGCUACAGUCCAUACAAACCCACUCGUGAACCCAGUCUCUCGGCAUCGGCCAGUGCCCGACUAGCAAUCGAGAAGGCCGCUCGUAGACGAAGUGUCGAUCAAGGCCCACUCCCCUUCCCAAGCGACGAUGCGUUGCAUUGGGCUCCAGAAUAUAUCGGGUUUCCAGGAUCUCCACAACUUCAGCGGGAUGAUGUUGCAGAGAGCAACAAGCUCAAUAAGGGCGAUGUCAGAUACGGAGGCUCCCUUCCCUCUGGCCAGGGUACCUCCGAUACCGGUGAGAGUUUACUUGCGAAGAGGCUUCGUGGCCUAGACGUUCACAGGAAAGAGUCAUUUGACCGUAAAUGA